UUGACUGGAAAUAAAAAUACCAGAAUGCAGAAGCAGCAGGGAAAUGUGAAACAACUUUUCUUUCCUAGAGUGAUUGCUCAAGAAGACCCAGAGAGCAACAUCAACAUGAAACGUGGGAUGAAAAAGGAAGAAAUAUUCCAAGAGUCAAAAACAGAGGAAACUGGCAUUGAGAAAAGGACAUUUCAAAAGGAGGAAAACCCUUGCCCAAACGAAAACCUCAUUGCAGCCCUUGAUAUCAACCCAAUCCUGAGAUGCAUCUCAGACAUGGAGAGCACCCUAGAUGAUCAGUGGUUAACCUCCCCUCAUAAACAGGGUUCCCCAUCCCCUCAUAAAUCUAACCACCUGUACCAGGGCCAGGGUGAACCUCACAAGCAGGAGUCUUGUAGUGCCGUCCUCUUUCCGUCUACAACCCAGAAGCCUAAUGCAGCCGUAGCAUAUUUCGCCACUGAUAAAGGCAAGGUAAAGGCAACACCCAAGAAACCAGCAGAUAAAAGGGUGACCAACAAAGGGGAGGCCUACCUGGGCAAUAUCAUGACCUUUGUCGCGUGGCUAAACAGUCAAAACCAUCCGAGGGCCAAUUGUGCAGGCAGCCUUCCUGUCGCAGAGCUGGACAAGUUAUUGGUUGCAUUCUUCCAGUAUGUGUGGGAGACGUCCCACCUGGAAGCCCUGAGCAGUAGCACCUUCACAACUUACGUCCGUGUGCUGGAUCAUGAUCUACAGAACCAGGGAUGUAGAUUUAGUAUCCGAAAGUCCGCUGAGUUUCCAAACACCGUCAGGAAGCUGUACAGCUGUUGCCAGCAUUUCAAGCAGAGAGAGUGGGACAGAGACAUCUUGGUGAUCCAGAGCUUGAGGAAAGAAGAGGAGGCUAAACUGAGACGGAGAGGAAUCCUGUCUAGGGCCACACCAGACGGGCUGUUCAACCUGGUCCUGCUCAACAACAUCAGGGCCUUUGGGAAAUUCCACCUCCAGGGUGUAUGGCCUGUGCGCACCGCCGACUUCCAAAUGACCACAGAGAACCACCCAGGGACGGGUAACGGGGAAGAACUGGAGUACCUGGAAUGGAACAACACUAAUAUCCCAGACCAGUGUGUGGUGCGGCUGCACGGCUUGGCAGACAAUCCUGAACAGUGCCCCCUACAGGACUACAAGCUCUAUGAAUCCAAGAAGGCUGGAAGCCACCGGGUUGGCACUGAGCCAAUGUAUUGUUGCCCAUUGAGCCAGUGCAGUGUCUGGGAUGAUUACUGGUUCAGUCGCCAAGCCAUAUCUAAACUUCGUCUGGCCAAGAUUAUCAAGGUUCUGAGUUACCACAUCCUCUCUGUUCGUAAUGGGAAAUCAGCAGCAGUAUAUUAGUUGAACAAGGCUGCUUAAACAGAAAGUAGUUUGUAAUUUACUUAAGUACUGUGUGAAUACAUACAUUCAAAAUAAAAUAUCCAAGCAU